GCCUUGAAUUUGGCUGGAAAAACGUGAUAGGUUCAUCAUCAGAAAAGUCAAACAAAAAAACUCCCUUUAUAAAUACAAAAUGAACGUUACUUUGCUUGCUAUAUUUGCAGAAAAAUAGCUUCAAAACUAAAAAAUGGCCACUACCGUCGACACCAACAACCCGGCUUUCGACGCGGAUGAGGACUGCCCAAUUAACCCAUCUCACGAAUUAGCCCAGUUUGGAGCCGGUUGUUUCUGGGGAGUAGAAUUAGCGUUUCAACGAGUUGAAGGUGUAAUCGAAACAACGGUUGGCUACUCCCAAGGUCAUGUUCAUGACCCGAAUUACAAACUGGUAUGCACUGGUUCAACAAACCACGUCGAGGUGGUUCGGGUCCAAUUCGACCCUCAAAUCUGUCCUUACGUUAAUCUCCUCUCUCUUUUCUGGUCCCGCCAUGAUCCCACCACUCUCAAUCGUCAGGGUGGAGACGUGGGAGCACAAUAUAGAUCAGGGAUAUACUACUAUAACGAAAACCAAGCUCGUCUUGCAAGAGAGUCAAUGGAAGCUAAGCAAUUAGAGUUAAAAGAUAAGAAAAUUGUAACUGAGAUUCUUCCGGCGAAACGUUUUUAUAAGGCGGAAGAGUACCAUCAGCAAUAUUUGGAAAAAGGUGGAGGUUUAGGGGAUAAACAGUCUGCUGAAAAAGGUUGCACUGACCCCAUUAGGUGCUAUGGCUGAAGAAAGCCCUUUUGAAUAUGUUUUUUUAGUAUCAUGAUGGCACUUAAGCUUCUUGUCUGGUAAUAAACAAGUUAUCAUGUUUUCCUUUUGUUGUGUUCUGAAGACAUAUAUAUAUAUCAAUGGAGUCUGGGUUUGUUGGUUUCUUUUUAA